CAGCGCCAUAGUCACCGUAGUCCUGGCGACUGUAACCCACCAACAACAACCUCUCGCUCCAUCAUUACCACCUCCUCCACCAUCCUCAUCUCAUCAACCAGUCCACGGCUCAGGCGCCAUGCAGACCCCUGAAGCAGGCGCUGACUCCACCUCCACUGUCCCUCUUCAGACCACCGUGCCUGUCCAGCCUACCGGCUCCACCCAGCAGGUGCCUGUCCAGCAACAGGCCCAGACUGUUCAACAGGUUCAGCAUGUUUACCCAGCACAGGUGCAGUAUGUGGAGGAAAACAGUGGUGUCUACACUAACGGCAACAUAAGAACCUACUCCUACUCAGAGCCGCAGCUGUACAGCCAGAACAGUGGAGGGAGCUACUUCGACACGCAGGGCAGCUCAUCACAAGUGUCCACUGUGGUGACAUCUCAUGGCAUGACCAACAACGGAGGAGGGGGCAGCGGAGGAAUGAACAUGAACCUGGCAGGGGGUCAGGUCCUCAGCAGCAGCCCAGGGGCUUACAUCAUGGACAACGCUGGACCCCACCCUGCCACCCAGACCGCACGAGCUUCCCCGGCUACUAUUGAAAUGGCGAUUGAGACGCUCCAAAAAUCUGAAGGUUUAUCGAGUCAGAGAAGCUCGCUGCUCAACAGCCAUCUCCAGUGGCUGUUGGACAAUUAUGAGACAGCAGAGGGCGUAAGUCUACCACGAUCCACCCUCUACAAUCAUUAUCUGCGCCACUGCCAAGAGCAGAAACUGGACCCUGUAAAUGCAGCCUCUUUUGGCAAACUCAUCCGCUCCAUCUUCAUGGGACUCCGUACAAGGCGCCUUGGGACAAGAGGAAACUCGAAAUACCAUUACUAUGGUAUACGAGUGAAACCAGACUCCCCACUAAACCGACUCCAAGAAGACAUGCAGUACAUGGCCCUGAGACAGCAGCCUGUUCAACAGAAACAGAGGUUUAAGCCAGUGCAAAAGUUCGACAGCUGCUCUGGGGAAAAUUAUUCAGGCGGAGGUCAGCCCCUUCCUGGUGCAGCAGAGCAGACGGUCAUUGCACAGAGCCAACACCACCAGCAGUUCCUGGAUGCAUCGCGGGCACUCCCUGACUUUGUGGAGCUGGACCUGGGACAGAGCAAUACAGAGAACAUCAGCCCAGAAGACGUGAAAGCUCUCCAGUCCCUUUACAGAGAGCACUGUGAGGCUAUCCUGGAUGUGGUUGUCAACCUCCAGUUCAGUCUAAUUGAGAAGCUGUGGCAGACGUUUUGGCGUUAUUCUCCCCCUGACUCUGUAGAGGGCGCCACUGUAACAGAAAACAGCAGCAUAAGUGAGAUUGAAGGCCGGCUCCCACGCUCACAGCUACUGGUGCUGUGCAGAAACGAGGCUGUGCUGAAAUGGAUGAGCACCUGUGACCAUCUAAUGUACCAGUCCCUCGUGGAGAUCCUCAUUCCUGAUGUCCUGAGACCCAUUCCCAGUGCCUUGACUCAAGCCAUUCGCAACUUUGCCAAAAGCCUGGAAGGUUGGCUCAAUAAUGCCAUGAAUGCCAUUCCACAGAGAAUGAUCCAGACCAAGAUAGCUGCUGUUAGUGCCUUUGCGCAAACACUGCGCAGAUACACAUCUCUGAACCACCUGGCUCAGGCGGCACGUGCUGUGUUGCAAAACACAUCACAGAUCAACCAGAUGCUGAGUGAUCUCAACCGUGUUGACUUUGCCAACGUGCAGGAGCAGGCAUCUUGGGUGUGCCAGUGUGAGGAGGGAGUGGUUCAGCACUUGGAGCAGGACUUUAAGGCGACACUGCAGCAGCAGAGUUCUCUGGAGCAGUGGGCGGCCUGGCUGGACAAUGUGGUCACUCAGGUGCUCAAGCCUUACGAGCACAGGCAGUUUCCCCAGGCAGCUCGACAGUUCCUGCUCAAGUGGUCCUUCUACAGUUCUAUGGUGAUCAGGGACCUGACACUGCGCAGUGCUGCCAGCUUCGGUUCCUUCCACCUGAUUCGCCUGCUAUAUGACGAGUACAUGUUUUAUCUGGUGGAGCAUCGGGUGGCCCAGGCUACUGGAGAGACACCCAUCGGUGUCAUGGGGGAGUUUGACAGCCUCAACUCCCUGUCUCUAACGAACAUUGACAAAGAUGAAACGAGUGGGAUGGACAGUGACCUAGAGGACGACCUGGAAGAGACAGGGGAACCUCUCGCCAAGCGAGAGAAGUCAGAGCAUGAGGUCAUUCAGGUGAUCCAGGUCGGGGCUUUAGAGGACGGGUCCCACCCUGUGGUCGGGGUCGUCCAGCCGGGCGUCCUCCACUCGCUGCCACAGCCCCAACAGGACCACAGUGAGCAUAUCCUUACCCCCUCUGCUGGCACUCCCACCAUUCGCCACUGCAGCGCCACAGGAAACACCUAUGCCUCUGUUUGAGGGUCUGAGGCUAACACAAGCUCUGACCUGUUUGUGCUAUCUCUCUCUACAUAUCUCUCUAUCUGUAAGUCUAGAUGUUUACGUCUUUAUCAUGCAUUGUGUCUGUCUGCACUUGUGUGGACACGCACUCCUCUCCCUCUCUAUGCUCAGUCAACGGGGGAGUGCUGAAACGAUACUCUGGCCAAUAUGUGCUGUUUAUGUCUGACUGUUUAGAUUCUGGGUGUGUUGUCAUCCCAUUAGUCUGUGCUCUCUCACAAUGCAGCAGCUGGAGGAGAAGGACUUAUCUAGCCCGGUAAAUGUUUCCUGCCUAAAAAGACAGAUUUUAUUUUGAAGGAGAGUUAAACUCCUUUAUACUACUGAUGUCUCGGAGCUCAAAUCCACCUCACUAGUCCCAGCAGAGCAAAGUCAUCGAUUAAUUCAAGAUCUUUGCCUAUUGUAAAUAAUCUUUCUGUAAUUUUAAUUGGUAUUUCCCAAAACUCAUGGUGCUAUCAUUGUGUUUGUUUUGAUUUUCCUUCUAAUUUAAGUGUGAUUUAUGUCGACAUGCAUUCCAACUGCUGAUUUGGCUGAACGGCUUAUUUUGAGUAUUGUAUGUAGCUAAAACAAAACAAAGGGACCACUUUGUAUGUAUGUAUUGCAUUAGAAGAAAGGGAUCAUGGGAUAGUUUUGUUGGUUCUUUUUGAAAAGAUAUAGCCACCCACUGAUGACCACUUUUAGAUUUUAGCCACAGAAAAAGUAACUCUUAAAAAUCUGUGCUGCUACUUGUGUAUAUAGAAAUGAGAUCAAGACGACCGGCUGUACAAAACCACCUCCUCAAUGCUAGCUUUUCUAUGCACUCUGUGCAUAACGCUUGCCUUUGUUCGUUUAUGAUGCUCUGUAGUGCAGUUUACAUGACAAGCUCUAACCUUAAAACAACCUUAGAUAUGUAUUCCUUUUUGGGUUUGUUUUGUUUUCUGCAGUUUCUGUCUUAGUGAAAUCUCUUAAGUUCAAGAAGGACCAAAAACUAACCACGUAGAGGAAGCUGAAAGUGAACCAUUUGGGCUGCCCAUGAGCUGUUUCCUGUCCCACAGUGCCAUGUCGCAGAGCAGAAGGAAUGUCAGGGAUUUAAUGUACCUCGGCUUUAUCAUAGUGCCUUAUCCUUAAAAUGCAGCUGUCCUUUUCGUCCUGACUGUGUGCUGCAGAGAGCCCACGGCCCCCUCUGCAUUGUCCCAGCCACACAUUUUGGCUUGCUGGUGACUCGUGGCUGGAUUUGGGCGGGCUCAUCAGUGUCGAGAUCAAGUGCUUGAGGCACAAACACACCUGUUGUUUUCUCUGGAUCAGCUCUACUAAGCUUAUGUGAAUCAUGGUUCUUAGCCUUGCUCCUGCCCUCCUGAGGCCUACUCUUGCAUUAGCCUUUGUUACUGAGUGAAGUGUGUGUGCGUGUACGAUUGCAUAGGUCUGCACUGUCUUUUUUUAUGUACUGUACAUGUGUAUAUAAGCCUGCGUGUGUGUGUGUGUGUCUGCGUGCUUAUGAGUAUAUGUUGGAACACAUCCAUCAGUCACCCUACCUCAAACCAGUGGUGCCAGCCCUUUUGACGCGUGCAGCACAGUCACCAAACCUUAUUGCACACACACACACCACUGUACUGCACAACUCUCAACGCGACAGAGAAAAACGGCAUUGCUUUUCUCUCACCUCUGACACAUUUACACUUCAGUUUUUAGCCCAUCAAAUGCUUUCAUCAUUUUUGUUCCCUGUUUGAAGACCAUCUUGUACAGUGGACCAAAAGUAGAUAUUUUGUGAUAUUCAAAGAGAUCUAGAUAUAUAUAUAUAUAUAUAUAUAUAUACAUAUGAAUAUAAAUAUAUGUGUAUAGUAUAUAAUGAUGAAACACUACAUAUAUUUGUUGCUUUUUAUGUGGUUAACCUGAUGUGAUUCUUUCUUUUGGUAGCUCCUCUGUAAUUAAUUCAUAUUAGACUGUGAAAUGGGAAAAGGCAUGGGGGACUAACUUCUGAUUCAUUGGACUGCAUCUAUACUUGAACUGUUCUAGCCUUCUUUGUUGUGCAGGAAACUGAGAUUAAUCCUCUUAAUAGAAACAAAAUGUUUCUAAAGUCAGUUUGUGUUCUUGUUUUAAAUGCUUGAAAUGAUCUCCGUCUCUGUGCAGAACUGUUAAUUUAUUUAUAUUUAUUGUGUUUUGGCAAAGAUUAUCACCCACUCUAACUUGUUAAUUUGGGUAUUGAUAAUGAAUUGUGAAUUAUACCACUGCAAUGUGCAGACCUACUGUACAGGAGGAGCAGGUGUUUGUUUUUUUGUUUUUCGUAGGUCAGGUACCGAUACGUAGAUGUAUGUAGAUAAAAAAAAAAGGGGGUUGGCACUGUAUUUGCUGUAUUCACACUACAAGUGUGCAUUACUAAUCAAAUUAUUCCUUCAGAUACUAAAAGUAGACGGGCUCUUUGCCAUUUUUUUUUUUUGUGUUGCUAUAUCUGUGUAGAAACUGACUUGGCAGUAAAGGGAGCGAGGGUGUCAUAGGUUGUUAAAAUAUUUCCGGGACACUUUGAGGUAACCCUUACAGACACAUUAAAACUACCGUACAUCUCCCAUAAUGCCUGGCUGUUCCCACAUCUGAGGAAUCCAGUGCACACAAAUCAAGCUUACUCAUUGUGUUGCUUCUUGACAGUUAGAAAAAAAAAAAGACUGCAAGAAAAAGGUCAAUGAACUUUAAGUAGCUGAAAGUUGAAGGCCCGAGGCGUUUUGUUUACAAGAGUCAGUGACCAUCGUGAACUCUCAAAAUGGAUCGCUCCCUCACUCUUGGUGUUGAACUGUAGAAUGUAAGUACAGAGAAAGUAAUGAAACUGUCCAAUAAAAAAUGAAUUCAUAAUAAAUCUUAAGCCCUAAAUCAUCCUUUAUACUUUUCUCUAGAGCUGCACAUGAAUCUGUGUUCAUAUAACUACCAAGAAAGGAACUACUUAAUGACUACGAGCUCACUUGACUGACGCCAACACUCGCUGGGUGUUUGAGGAUUUAAUUGUAAAAAGUGAUUUCUGUCUGUAGUUUAAAUUUUAGCUUCUGUUGAAAUCUGGAUAGUGUGUACGGGUAAAGAAUGAAGGCUUUGCUUACGACAUCUUGAACUUUUUGUCAUUGAAUGCUUUUUAAAAAAAACGAUGGAUCUCGGCUCCUUUUUGUUUGAUAAACGGACUACAACAUUGUAGAUGUAAACUUGUAUAAUUCUGUGCCUGAAGUGAAAAUGGCUUUUAAAAUGUUUUCUUUGUGUGCAUUAGGAUCAUGAGUGCGUUCUGGUCUUGCACGCCUCCCAUGUGCUGCUAGAAGUUUUCGUUCCUUUCUUCUUUUUUUUUUUUCUUUGUCUUUAAAUAGAUUCGAUGUGCCAGACAGUGAUUUAGCUUUCUGCAUCUCAACGGCUGCCUGGAAAACACACAACUGAUGUUAAUGCUGCCAACACAAUUGUACUUUAUUUCUGUGUCUUUGAAAUUGAAAAAGUAAGAUUGUUCUUUUAACAAGCUGUUUGCAAAGAAGCCUGUUUCCAACAAGAAAAAAAAAUCAAUUCCUUUACUUGUCGUAGGAGUGGAGGGGGAAAAAAAAGUAAAAAAAAAAAAAAAAAAAAAGAUGCCUCUCCUCGAGGACAUAACGGCAGCUUCACUGACCCAUAGCAGACUCCAGUGCCUUUAAUUUCACCCUGGCCAGAGCAGGUGGCCUGGGUGACUAUUGGGUCUCUGGUGGGCUACAGAUAGAGGCUAUCAGAGCAGACAUUUCAUUGCACAGGUGCUGCCGCCAAGGAAGCAGCUGGACUAUUUAUUAUUUACUGGAUGUGACACCACAACAAAACCACACACACACACAGACACACACUUAGGAGUUUACCGACAAAUGGCUUUUUAUUGUACAGAACUGGUUACUGAAUAAGGAGAGUGACUGUAAGUAAAGAAUGCUCUCUCUUUUGACUCGUUUUCUCAUGGUCGUGAUUUCUUUUUGUCAAAUGAUAUUUCUGAAUGCUGUGACCCGUUUGAGAUUUGUAUUUGGAUGUUUUUCAAGUGCCAUUUGACAGUGUCGUGAGUCGUGGCCAGCUGUAGCACGCUCUAAUGCAAGCACAAGCAUUUGGCAGUGGCAUUUGGGGAAGUUAUUAUUGUUUUCGUUUUUUUUUUUUUUUUUUUGCUGAUUCGCCCUAGACGGAAAUAUGUAUAUAUCAAAAACUGAAAAAAGGUAUAUUUAUUUGUGUCCUCAUUAUUUGAUUUGUUCUUUCAGUGAACAUUUUUAUCAGAUAUGUAUGGCUAAAGUGCUUUUGUGAUUUCCUUCUCUUCUUUUUUUUUUUGUUCUUUUUGGAUAAUGUAUAGUAUCUGAUAUAAUAUAUAUUCACACAGAUUUCAUGUGACUUUCUUUAUGUGCCAUUUAGUUUUUCUUCUCAACUUGGCGAGCAAAUCAAUGCGUGUAGGGUGAUUUGUAUUGUGUAUUUUACAUCGGAAAAAAACAACAAGGAAAACUGGGGGACUUUUAUAUUUAUAAAGACAUGAUCAUUUAGUGUGUCGUAUUGAUGAAUAUAGAAACUAUUAAAGACACAUGUAGUUUGUUUUUUCUGAAUAUUUCAGAUCUCAGCUCAGGCUAGCUUCUUAGUGUUGUUUUCUUAAAGAUUUGUGACUUGUCUUUGCAGUAAUAAACGUUUUCUUGUUGAA